AUGUCUCAAGUGUAUUUCGACGUCGAGGUUGACGGCCAACCAUUGGGCCGCAUUGUGUUCUCUUUGUACAACGACGUUGUGCCAAAGACCGCCGAGAACUUCAGAGCUCUCUGUACCGGCGAGAAGGGCUUCGGCUACGCCGGCUGCCCAUUCCACAGAGUGAUCCCAGACUUCAUGCUGCAGGGUGGUGACUUCACCCACGGUACUGGUGUCGGCGGCAAGUCCAUCUACGGCGGUAAGUUCCCAGACGAGAACUUCUCCAAGAAGCACACCAAGCCAGGUUUGCUGUCGAUGGCCAACGCUGGCCCAAACACCAACGGCUCCCAGUUCUUCAUCACCACCGUGCCAUGCCCAUGGUUGGACGGCAAGCACGUUGUGUUCGGUGAGGUCGCCGACGGCUUCGACGUGGUCAAGAAGAUCGAGUCUUUGGGUUCCCCACACGGUACCACCAGAGGCCGCAUCUUGAUCUCCAAGUCCGGUGAGUUGUAA